UAAAAUCAGCAGCCACUUCUCAGUUCUCAGACUAAAACUACUCCUCCAUUUCUAUUCUUUUAUCGUCAUAAUCAUCAUCAUUGCUUCAUGGGUGUAUCAGGGCACAUAGUUAUUCUUCUUCUAUUCUGCAUUGGGAACUUAGCUCUACAGCCUGAGAUGGCUUGUGGCCUGACAAGCAUUGAUCUUGCUCUGAGAUGGCGGCAUCCUGGGGUCCAUAAUUUACGCUUCCUCAAGGAAGUGGCUGCAGAUGAGUUGCAGGCCACGUCAUCGAGCUUGGCACCUGGACCUUCUGUGAUGUUUGAUCCUAAUCAGUCCAACAAAAGAACGGUUAAGAAAGGAUCAGAUCCCAUUCACAACAGGCAGUAGCCUGGUUUUCUGACUCAGGGAAGAGCACCAAAUAUUCUUUUCUAUGUUCUUUUUCACUCCUCAAUGCCAGCAAAGGAAGUGACGGCUUGAAGCUGCAGCUGAUGCAAAAAAAAAAUGAAAGAAGAUGAAGAAACUGCAAGAUACAGGCACCUCCUGAUUCCUCGAAGUUAGAGCCUUCAACACGGUUUGCUGGAUUUUGAUAUAUUUUUCAUUUGUUCUAGAGGCGGCAUUUUGUAAGAGAGGAUUGCAGCAGCCUAGGCUAGGCCCACCCAUAUCUCUGAGCCAGCAUCAUCGCAGUACUGUAUAGAAUCAAUCAGGUCUUAAUCAACUUGUUAGGGUCCCCCAAAAUACUCAAAAGUGUAGAUGAUGCUGGCUCUCAUAGACAAUCAACAUAUAGUGCUUUCUUUUCUUUUUCUUUUGUGUUUUCUUUGUUUGUCCCUCACCCUUUUCAAUCCACAGGAACAGUUUCACAGGCAACCUAUAUGUUAUUCUAGUUUGCAGAAGUUCAUACUCCGUGAACAGAUGACCUUUGGCCAUUUCCUUUCUUCCACGAUACCAUCUUCAUGUCAGUCACUUUUCUUCUGCAUUUAGAAUCACAACGAUAAACUAAAUGCACUCUGCAGAGUUGUUAAAAACAAAAGAAAUUUGCAGAACUCAAAACUCAUCUACAGUGAGUAAAGUUUCAACAACCAGGACCACGAAGGUAAAAAGAAAUGUGAUCGUCAAUCUUGAGACAAUACUGAAAAGGAACAGAUUCAUCCACAUGCACAAGGAAUGGAAAUUAACAACUCAGAGUAGAAGCAUAAAUAUGGGUAUUGUUAUCAAGUUCAAUCGCUACUCCUGAAUUUCCUUUAUUUUCUAUGAAUCAUAGUCGAAAGUUCUGCUUUUUCAAAGGAAAUGUUAAAUCUAAAGAAACCCCGAAACUCUAAGUUUAUCAACCAAUCAUUAAACCUUUGCUGUCAAUGAUGGUUGCAGUCAUACACCUAAAAUGUCCAGCAUUACCACUUUAGGACCUCCUUCAACUUAUAUAAGAUUCUAAUGGUUUAUUUAUUGUCAUAGCGAAAAUUCGGAGCAAUUUCCCAUGGCUACCCAGUUAGAUUUUUCUUCACAUUUAGAAUAUAAACAAAAAUCGCAUGAACGGAAGGGAAGAACAACGAUACUCGAUGAACGAUCCAAUUCACAUGGCCAAUAAGACCUUGUAUAAAUG